AUGUCCUCUCGCGCGUCCGUAGCCAUUUCGGAUCAAUUAGCAGCAAGGGCCAGGUUCUCAGAGAACACCCGCCUUCGAGCGACCGCCAAGGUGCCAGGCCCGCGCCCGCCACACCCGCAGCGCCAUGAGUGCGGCCACGGCGUGGAUGGAGCGGCAGCUUCUCGAGCCGAUGAAGGUGAGCACCCUGAGCCGCCAGCUGGCCGCCUACCCCCAGAUACGAGCGCGGAGGGCGCCGCCUUCUUCCCGGAGGCGGGCGAAUUGGACGACCGCUUCGAGGUCCAGCCCUGGGCGAAGGUGAACACCAUGGGCCGCCAGCUGACCGCGCUCUCGCAGGCCCGCGCGGAGGGCGCGGCGCGCUUCCCGGAGGCGGACGAGCCGGGCGACCGCUUCGAGGCGCAGGGGCCGGGCGGCGCGUGCGGGGCCGAGGACACGCCGACGACCAGCGCCCGCGGCUCCUCGCCAGGCACGUGCAGCAGCGGCGCCCCGCGCCCUGCCCCGGGGCUGCCCGCCCCAAGGCGGUGGCUCGCGGCGGCGGCUCGCGACCGGGGUGCGGGCGGCCCGCUGCCCCGCGCGGCGCUGCGCCGCGGCCCGCGGGCGCCGCAGCCCACGCCGGCGGAGACGGAGGUGCUCGUGGGGAACUUGCCGGGCGUGUACUCGGAGCAGAUGCUGCUCGAGGAGCUCCGGGACGCCGGGUUUCGCAGGGGCCCCGACUUCGGCGCGCUGCGGCUCCAGGCGGCCCGCCACGGCUCGCGUCUCCGGUGCCUCAUCCGCUUCCACACCGUCUUCGCGAGGAACGCCUUCGUGGCCGCGUUCCAUGGCCGGAAGAGAUGCGCGAAUGCAGCCAGCAGGUCCAUGACGUGGUGACCGUGGCACCGGCAGCAGAGCCGGCGAGGCCGCUGGGCACGCGGGCGAGCGCAGCGCCUGCGGCCUCACAGGGAAGGGCUGGCCCACGGAUGCUCGGCAGGAGCGUGCACUGCGUGGCCAAGCACGCGAGUAUUGUCAGUCGUGCGGAGGCCCGCAGCCCACGGCGUCGAAUUUCUGCUGCCUCUGCGGCACUCGUCUGCCCAAGCUGAUCCUCAUGAUGCUGGCCAGCCAAUGAGGCAAGAUAUCGUCGCCUCAGUGACGGGGGGCAUCCGGGGCAUGCUGGCACGACGGGUGCAUCGCGGGAGCGGGCGUUUUUUCAAGGCAGCCGAGGGUGCGGGCGCCACGGUCUGCGAUCCCUUCUCUGCUGCUGCCCUCUCGCCUGGGUCUGGAGGUGCCAUGGGAGGGCGCCGUGAACGAGAAGUAGUGCAUGCUGGUAUUUUUGAAUGGUGGGGCGCGGGGGCAAAGAUUUCAGGGGCCGUUGCGUGCAAUAGAAGUUUUUGAUGCAUGCUGGCGCAUUCUGUCAUUAGUCGCUCUCAGCGAUGUUUCAAUCCAACUUUUUGAAGCUCCGCAUGCAGGAGACGUCAGCUGUCCAGAUCAUUGUGCGGCUUGUUCCACCAAGUUGCCGCCUUGUCAGCGACAUGUGCUUAACUCAAUCUUUCUUCGGUUGCCCAGCCUACCGCCGCAACACAUGCUGCGUUCGACUUGCAGGGGCAGUUCGGAAUUUCGCCGCGUGCCCUCUGCAGUCGCAGUCCGCCGGCUGGAAUUAUUAAAACAGGUAACUGGCAUCCGCCUUUAUUAUGUUCAUGUCGUGUGACAGCACACGGUCGUCCUAGUGAACAUCGUUUGUGGUGUGAUCGGUUAUGUACCAUUUCGUUGUGCCAUUGCUUGUGUGAGCAAUGACUUCCCAGAAUGUUGCGCGCCUUCUCUAUGAGUUUUCAAUGAUCACAGGCCCGCCUGCUGUAACGACACUCAUCGUUCAUUUCGAGAUGCUGGAUUUGGAUGGCGGUGAUGUCUGGAGAUGGAAUGGACAUCAGAAGUGAUCACUAUACGAAAUUAACGAUGCGUACGUUGGCGUUUAUCAUGCCAGUGUUGAUGUGAAGGCAUAUCCCAUCAUAGAUUUUUUCAUGGGUCUGCAAUUCAACAUUGCCAUUGUGCAGAGUCAGAUGGUAGUCAUCGCGAAGGGGGGGGGCUUGCUGACACUGCAAUUUCAAAGAACUGCCCUCUUGCGCGCUGAGUUCGCGGCGCGCACCUCUGCGAUCGAACGGCAGCGUCGGCCUGCAUGUCCGCUUUGCUUGGAAUGGAACGAAGGUGCGUC